UCUCCGCACGUGUUGAUAUAUUAUUUAGUUUAGCGAAAUGCCUAAGAAGACUGACCAAACCAAGAAGCCAAAGGCUAAGGCCAAGAAAUCCAAGGAGUCGCAGGAUGCAGCUGUACCUGCUACACAAAAUGGCACUAGCAACGGCAAUUCAGAUGCAAGCGGUAUUUGGCAGGAUUCGCGCUUUCAGCACUUGUUGGCCGAUCCGCGCUUUCGUGGUGUGCCCAAGGUGCACCGCAAGGUGAAGAUUGAUCAGCGCUUUCAGGGCAUGUUCAACGAUGACAAGUUCAAGGUGAAGUAUACAGUCGACAAGUAUGGCAGGCCAGUGAACAAGUCAAACUCUGAAGAUUUACGUAAAUACUACGAGCUAGAUGAGAACGACAGCUCUGAUGAGGAGGAGAGUAAGCCAGAAGAGGCUAAAGCAGAUAGCGACGAGGAACAGGCUGAGCGUCGUGCUGAAGAGAUAGCUAUAACACGUGCCGGUGAUGAGGACGAUAAGGUGCCAGAGUUGGACAGCGAUGAUGAUGACGAUGUGCCAGAAAAUCUACGCGAGCGCUUGACCAAUCCUAAUGUGGACUAUGCACGUGGGGAAGGACGUUUAAUGACAGACUCCUCGUCAGAUGAUGACAGCAGUGAUGAAGACGAAGGUCCAGAGUUGCAGAUUGAUCAUGUUUGGGGCGAAUUGGACAACGAUGCGGAUUUCACUGAGGAUUCUACGCGCCGCUUGGCCGUAUGUAACAUGGACUGGGAUCGUAUACGUGCUCAGGAUCUUAUGGUGCUGUUCAGCUCAUUCUUGCCGCCUGGUGGCAGCGUGCUGAGCAUAAAGAUUUAUCCCUCGGAAUUUGGCAAAGCACGCAUGGCCGAGGAGGAUAUGCAUGGGCCCAAGGAGUUGGUCAUGUCGCAAGACAAGGAUUCUGACGAUGAAGACGACGAGGACGAUGAGCUGGUGCGUGAACAAGACAGCGAUGCAGAGGAAGGCGAUGACUACCACAUGGAAAAGCUGCGUAAAUACCAGCUAAACCGUUUGCGCUACUAUUAUGCCGUCGUUGAGUGCGAUUCUGUGCAGACGGCAGAUAAGGUGUACCAGGAGUGCGAUGGCAUCGAGUACGAGAGCUCUGCAACGCGUGUCGAUCUAAGAUUCAUUCCCGAUGACACCACCUUUGAUGAGGACACACCAACAGACGAGUGCCAAGAGCUGCCGGAUGCAAGUCAGUAUAAGCCAAGGCAGUUUACGACGACGGCUCUGCAGCAAGCCAAGGUGGAUCUGACAUGGGAUGAGACGGCGUUGGAGCGUCGUGAGCUGGGCGACAAACUCUCAAGCGGCAAAGUAGAUCAGCUUAACGAUAAGGAGCUGCGACAGAUUGUUGCCUACAGCAGUGAAGAGGAAGACGAGGAGGAUGAGGAGCAGCAGGAGGGUAAAGAUGCUGAAUCGAAAAUAGAAACGCCGGCAGAGCCAAAGCCGGCCAAGCGCAAGGAGCGCAUUGAUAAGUACAAAAGCCUACUGGCUGAGAUCAAUGCGCAGGAGCAGCAGUCCAAGCAGCAAAAGUACGAGAUGGAAAUGUCCUGGAACGUUGAUGAGCAGCCGUCAGCUGCGGCGGCGGCAGUAGAGCCCAAGGAGCAAACAAAGACCAAAUCCCAGUUGACGCCCAUAGAGCAGGUGCUGCAGAAACGCAGCGAGAAGAACAAACAGCGCAAGGAGCAGCGACGCCGCAAGCAGCUAGAGCGACAGGGACUUGAUCCGGAUGAGGCGCCCGAAAGUGAUAACGACUCUAUACCCGACGGCAUCGAUAUGAAUGAUGCCUACUUUGCCGAGGAGUUUGCUACUGGCGAUUAUGCGCCCGCCAAGUCCAAGAACAGCAGCAAGCAAAAAAAGAAAAAGCAAACGGCAACCGACACGGACACACAGCAGGCGGAGCAGGAGGCAGAACUCGCCUUGCUGCUGGAUGAUGAUGAACAGGAGGAGGCAAAGCAGCACUUCAGUCUGGCCAAGAUACAGAAGCUUGAGCAGCUGGAGGGCGGCAACAAGCGCAAGCGUCGCAAGCAACUCAAGAAAUCCAAGAAUGCUGAUCAGAAGCCUCAGCAGCAGCAGGAUGAUUUUGAGGUGAAUCUGAAUGAUUCACGCUUCAAGGCUGUCUAUCAGGCGCACGAGUUCAACAUUGAUCCCACGAACGCUAGCUACAAAGCCACGAAGGGCAUGCAGCAGCUCAUAGGCGAGAAAUUGAAGCGUCGCCAGCAGCAAGAGACACAGUCGCACGCCGAGCCCUCGUCAUCAGAGCCUGCCCAGAAACGUAGCAAACAGCAGUUGGAGCAGCGUGCGCUGGUAAAAAGCCUCAAGCACAAACUGCAGCAGCGUCAAGCGUGUUAAGUUAACAGUUACGUUUACUUUAACUAGUAUAUAAAUAAAUUAAAUAAAUAAAUGCUAACGCUAACAAUA